AUCACGUCAGCCCCAACUUCAGACACGCCCUCUGUCAAGCGUUGACUCUGAAGCCUAGUGUGAAUGGGGCGCAAUAAAUUGUCUGAUGGGCAUUCUGAGCUUAAACUUCACAGAAACAUUAUGAAGACACUAAAGGCUUACAUCUUAAAACAUGUGCCCUUUAAGAACGGUGUUGUUUCAACUCAUUUUGAAUAAGUAGUUUGAGCGAAGAGCAACGUAUUUUUUCCUUCCAGUAAACUGAUUGCACAAACCGUACCGUAAAGUCCUGCUGAUCUGAAGUCUGACCCCAGUUAACACCAAAGGCAUCGCCAGCGAGUCUACUGUAUGCUCAUGUCCAUGUGUAAGAUUGAUGCUAAUGGUUAGUGCAUGUGUUUGUGUGUUAAUGGCUAGCACCAGUGGGUGUUUAAGUCAAUCAUUACCUUCGUUAAGUGUGUCCGGGGAUGUUUUUUAGACUCUGUCAGUCACAUUAGUUUUGUCAGAUCACAUGUCUCAAUGCUUUGAUUAUAUGACUAAGCAUGCAUGCAUAUGUUUGUAAGUGUCUGUGUGUUUGUUUGUCUAUGUGUGAUCUUCUGAACAGUUUGUGUGUCUUCUCAUUUGCCUUGUUGUUUUCAUGUAGGUGCAAGUCUGCUUCAUUAAACUGAUGUGUUUAAUGAUCAAUUGGCCACAGCGCUGACUGACCGGAACGCCUGCUGUCUUUCUAGGCUCGGUGUCUUGUUGUUCUAGUCUGGGGUUUGUGUGUGCGAUAGCAGGACAUGGCGUUUAACUCCACCACCAAAUUUUUCGCUCUUUCCCAGUCUUUCAGCGUGUCCGAUAUCAUUGUGAUCGGAGCGUAUUUUUUAUUGAACGUCGCAGUUGGAAUAUGGUCAUCCUGCAGAGUGAGCCGAAACACACUCAGUGGAUAUUUUCUGGCCGGUAGAGACAUGGCUUGGUGGCCGAUCGGCGCGUCUCUGUUCGCCAGCAGCGAGGGCUCCGGGCUCUUCAUCGGUCUGGCGGGGACCGGAGCCGCGGGAGGAAUCGCUGUGGCCGGAUUUGAAUGGAAUGCAACUUAUGCCUUGCUGGCUCUUGCCUGGGUCUUUGUCCCAGUUUAUGUGUCCUCUGGGAUUGUCACAAUGCCAGAGUAUCUGGGUCGGCGGUUUGGAGGAGAGAGAAUUCGCAUGUACUUGUCAGCUCUCAGUCUGCUGCUGUCUGUGUUUACCAAGAUCUCGACGGAUCUGUACUCUGGAGCCCUGUUUGUCCAGGUGUGUUUGGGCUGGAAUCUCUACCUCUCCACUGUGCUCAUGCUGGUCGUCACUGCCCUCUACACUAUUGCAGGUGGCUUGGCUGCUGUAAUCUACACCGACACUCUUCAGACCUUCAUCAUGAUCAUCGGAGCUGUCAUCCUCACCAUCACGGCAUUCAACAAAAUUGGAGGCUACAGUAACCUGGAGAGCGUGUAUUUGCAAGCCGUGCCGUCCAAGAUCAUCCCGAACACGACAUGUCACCUGCCCAGACAUGAUGCCAUGCACCUGUUCAGAGACCCAGUGCAUGGAGAUCUUCCCUGGCCAGGCAUGACGCUGGGAUUAACCAUCAUUGCAACAUGGUACUGGUGCACGGAUCAGGUAAUCGUGCAGAGGUCUCUGUCAGCCAAGAGUCUGAGUCAUGCCAAAGGAGCGUCCAUCUUUGCCAGCUAUCUCAAGUUGCUUCCCAUGAUGUUCAUCAUCUUACCUGGCAUGAUCAGCAGGGCACUGUACCCAGACACAGUGGCUUGUGUGGACCCUGAAGAGUGUGUGAAGGUGUGUGGCGCAGAGGUGGGCUGCUCCAACAUUGCUUUUCCUAAACUGGUCAUCGAACUCAUGCCUAGCGGCCUUCGGGGGUUAAUGAUAGCUGUAAUGAUGGCCGCAUUGAUGUCAUCACUUACCUCCAUCUUCAACAGCAGCAGCACCCUCUUCACCAUGGACAUCUGGAAGAAAUAUCGAAGAGGUGCAAGCGAAAAAGAGCUGCUACUUGUUGGCAGGAUAGUGACUGUCAUUCUGGUGGUGAUCAGCGUGGUGUGGAUCCCAAUUCUUCAGAGUGCUAACAGCGGUCAGCUCUAUGUUUACAUCCAGUCGGUGACCAGCUAUCUGGCCCCUCCUGUUACUGCCAUUUUUGUAAUGGCGGUUUUUUGGAAAAGAACCAACGAAGCGGGAGCGUUCUGGGGCCUGAUGGUGGGUUUAGUGGUGGGAUUGACACGGAUGGUCCUGGAGUUUGCGUUUCCUCCCCCUCGCUGUGGCGUGUUUGACCCUGCUCCCUCUGUCUUGAGGAGUAUGCACUACCUGCACUUCGCCAUCAUACUGUGUGCCCUCACUGCUAUAGUAGUGGCUGUGAUCAGUCUAUUGACCCCUCCACCCACUGAGGAACAGACACGUAAUCUUACAUGGUGGACUCUCCACAACAGCACCGAGAGAGAAAUCCCUCUGCAGAAAGUCUCUACACUCAGCCGCAGGACAGACGGCUGUGAGUCUGUGCGCAGGGGUAAAUGUGUCCGCACCGCUGGCUUCUGCAGCCCUCGACCAGGCCGUUUCGCAUCCGGGACUCCACCCCCCAUCAUUCACAGCACCACAGAAGAUCCCUUCUGGUCUCGUUUCUGCUGUGUCAAUGCCAUCAUUCUCAUGUGCGUUAACAUCUUCCUCUAUGCUUACUACGCAUAACAUACACAGCAGCUUUUUUGUGUUUUUGAUACAAAUGCUCCACUUAAAUAUCUUAUAAAACCUUUUGGAUUUCAAUUAUUAUUUACCUUCAUUAAAUUUGCUAUUCAAUUGAGUGGAAAACAUUGCAAGGCAUCAUCAGCGGACUCAACUGACUGAUAAAUAGUGAUACAGUAAAUUAUUUGUUAUUUGUGACAUAAAACUGCACAUUUGGCUUUGAGAAACAGGUUUUACCAUCAGCAAUAGGUUAUAAUAAGAUCUAACUGUAUGUUUGAUUAAUACGUUUGCAAUGGCUGGGAAAAAAAAAAA